UUUAUUUAAAACCAUCUUUCACCUCUCUUUAUGACUUAACAAACAAACAAACAUGAAACUAUACUAAAAUCCCCACUUAAAAAACAAUUCAUACCAUCAAGAAUCAUCUCUUUCAAUUCCUCCAAGAUUUCAGUUUCAAUCCAACAUAUCCUCCAAAACAUGCUUAGCAUCUUCAACAAAAACCUCCGGCGACUCUGCUCCAAGCUCCGGUGGCCGGUGCGCCGCCGUGCAAAACCUAAAGUGGUCAUAAAAAGAUUUGGGAAAUCAAACUCCAAAGGUCAAGAUUCAUCAUCAAACCCUAAUGGGUCAAAUGGUGGAUCAGCAGCCACUAUUUAUCCAAAUAAUCAUUUGGGUAUUCCUAAAUCCGAAAACCCAAUUCGAAUCGCAACUUUUAAUGCUGCUUUAUUCUCCAUGGCACCAGCUGUUCCAGAAUCGUUGACUGAAAAAGCUUCAAGCUUUGACCAUGGCGGAAAUGAAGAACAAGACUACACCAUUAAGGUACCUUCCAAUUGCUCAGUUUCUUACCCUACAACUAACUCAAGAUCAAAAUCCAUGGUUGAUCGUCCCAAAAGCAUUCUAAAACAAUCACCAUUACAUUCAAGCUCCAUAAGUAGUAGUAGCAGCAGCUCAGAAACCCUAACGAAACAGCAAAAAUUCGCAAGGUCAAAGCUACGAGUCUCGAUCAACUUGCCCGAUAACGAGAUCUCGUUAAAGCGAAGCGGCCAAUUGAGUUUCGUUAUAGGCGAAAACGAGGGCGACCCGGGUUCGAAAACGGGUGGUUCGAAGAGUAUAAGUAGGAUUUUGAAAGGAAAAGGGGUAUUAAGAACACAAAACAGCUUUAGUUCGAAAGAAGUCAACGGUGGUCAAAGGGGGGAUUAUAGGUCUACAAAGACCGUUGUUGAGGUAUUAAGAGAAUUGAAUGCAGAUAUCUUGGCAUUACAAGAUGUUAAAGCUGAAGAAGAGAAAGACAUGAAGCCAUUGUCUGAUUUGGCUGCUGCUUUAGGGAUGAAUUAUGUGUUUGCUGAGAGUUGGGCACCGGAAUACGGUAACGCGGUGUUGUCCAGAUGGCCGAUUAAACGGUCAAAGGUUCAGAAGAUCUUCGACGAUUCCGAUUUCAGGAACGUUUUAAAGGCGACAAUUGAUGUUCCUGAAACGGGAGAAGUUGAUUUCCACUGUACCCUUCUCGAUCAUCUUGACGAGAAAUGGCGCAUGAAGCAGAUAAAUGCGAUAAUCGAAGCUAACGAUGGACCACACAUCUUAGCUGGCGGCAUCAACUCUCUUGAUGAAACAGACUACUCACCAGAAAGAUGGACAGACAUCGUUAAGUACUAUGAAGAAAUGGGAAAACCCACACCAAAAGUUGAAGUGAUGAAGUACUUGAAGAACAAGCAGUACACUGAUGCCAAGGAUUUUGCAGGCGAAUGUGAAUCCGUCGUCAUUAUCGCGAAAGGCCAGAAUGUGCAAGGUACGUGCAAGUACGGUACAAGGGUAGAUUACAUACUCGUGUCGCCGGAUUCUCCCUACAAGUUCGUUCCGGGUUCAUAUAUGGUGUUAUCGUCUAAAGGUACUUCUGAUCAUCACAUCGUCAAAGUUGAUGUAACAAAGGUAGAUGUAUCUGCUCAACAACAGUUCGUUAGGAGACAUCGACAACCGAAACAAAAACUUGUCAAGAUAACGAAUUCUAAUUCAUCGAAAGGGGUAUGGAAAAUGCAAACUUUAGAUAGAUAGAAAUACAGAUAAUUCUACAUAUAUUUAUAUCUAUAUCUAUAUACACUGGUUUUUUGUUUGCUUUGUGAUUGUUUUAUGGGAAGAGAGAAAGAAAGAGAGUGUCUUGCCCGUGUAAAUCUUUACGCAUCUGUGUAGUUUAUUCUACGUAUUGUGAUUUUGUUUCUUG